AUGGCCGACGUCAACGAGCUUUACGGCUCUUGUGCCUGCGAGCGGAAUCAAUAUACCAUCGUCAUCCCCACCGCUUCAACCUCACUCGCCCAAGUCUUCUUCGACAACAGUGCUGCAAACCGCCGAUCACAAGCAACACCCGUGACAGCAUGGCUCCGUGUGCCUCUGGAUUGGGUCCACAGCACGACCCACGCACAAUUCGACGACGAGACACACCCUUCGAUCCGAAGAACAUACCACAUGCCUUCAAUACACCCAACGCUACCGCCGACAAGAAGACAGUUCUGUGGGUACUGUGGAACACAUCUGACAGCAUGGAACGAAGGGCAUGGGCACGAGGCCGACUUUCUCGACGUCACGCUGGGUAGCUUGAUGAACGAGAGUUUCGAUACGUUGGAAGCAUUGAACAUCAUAAACGCCGAAGACGGGGAGGAGGAGAGCUUGGUGCGGUCGGACAUGAUCAACGAGGAAGACCACGUACACCCUCGCGAAGAGAGCAUGGAAGAUCAAGACCCAGCAGCCGCACGCCAGGUUUCGAGCAGAACUUCAGGCGCUAUGCGACACAGAGGAAUGCCGUACUUUGAGGAGAUGGUCGAGAACAGCCGGCUAGGUCGCAUCAAGCGGCAGAAAGGCGGACAUACCUCGAGGGAUGGACGCACGACGGUGGAGUGGGAGGUUGUGGAGAUUGGAGGGGACGAGCCGACGCCGAUGGAGACGACGCAGAGUGUGGCCACGGGGGCCGGGGGCAGUAAGAGGCAGAGGGUUGGUCCUUGA